AUGAAGUCGAUGUGGUAUGCUGAGGAGUCAACUGACGAGACGCUGCUGGCGUAUUCGUCUGGCACGGAGAAGGCGGGGUUGAAGUCGAACGCGGAUCCGUCGGCAAUGUACGGCUCAAAUUUAACUGCGGAGGCUCCGGUAGCAUACUUGGCCAUCACGGAGCCGUCUCUCGACGUGGACCCUGGAGCCUACACGAUCACAUGCAUCACACAAACCAGUGCUGGCGAUAACGACGUGAUUUACUUUUUACCACCCGUGGAGGGGGGGGGGCUCAACACGAUCUUCUGCUUCGUCCCGUCGCUGGUGACGUUCAAUGCAUACAUGCUGCUGGUGGAUGUCGGUACGGCGUUAACGAAAUCUGGCGCUGUUCAACAUCCUGCGCUUCCCAGUGUUCGUGCUGUCACGAGUACCGAACAGCGCGGUGGAAGCGACCGUAAGUUUGAUCGUCUGCGUAGCUACUUGGUGGUCGAGGAGCGCAUCAGGGUGAGUGAGGGCGGCUUGAUCGAGCUCUGGUUCAGUGGCAAUUCCUGGCAAGGUGAGUACGAAUCACAGCAGCCGUUCAGCCAAAACGAGACGAUGUGCACCAACAUCACAUUCGAACUGCCGUGCGACGCCGACAAGUACGAGGAGGCUCUGCGCGUGAGCUCACUUAAGACGUACCUUGACUGCUGGAGGCCUGGACAGCCAUGUGGGCUCAAGGCGUGCUUCAAGAAGUCGCUGAAGGGCAAGCUGGUGCUGCUAGUGGCGCACUCGCUGAGCUUUUCGGCCAACAAGCUCCUUCUGUCUUCUAUACUCGCCGAUAUCACUUUCCCGACGAUUGCGUUCGCGGACCUCAUUUCGAAUGAUGCUGAUGAGUCGAGCUUUAUCAAACUUAAGUUUAUUUUGCCGCGGUGUCUGUAUCAAUUCCAGUUCGCUAAACUGAAGAAGUUUACUGCCCUUGCCGUACCACGAAUCCGCAACGUGGACCCAAUAAUCAAUUACCUCAUUCGGUUGAAGGACACCGGCCUGGUCAGUGAAGUCAGUGUGCUUCUUCGGGGCACGCGUAUGGGUCACGUAGAGCGGGUGCAAUGCGAAAGCAAGAAGCAUCAGCGGUUGCUCACAGCUCGCCCAUCGCUUAUUCACCACUGGGACUAG